GUACGACGUGCCCGAACUUUCCAAGUACCUGGAUUUCAUCAACGUCAUGACCUACGAUUUCCAUGGCCAGUGGGAACGACAAGUCGGCCAUAAUUCGCCGCUUUACGCAUUGGAAAGCGCGUCCAAGUACCAAAAGAAACUCACUGUGGACUUUAGCGCGAGGGAAUGGGUUCGUCAAGGUGCGCCAAAAGAGAAGCUGCUUAUUGGCAUGCCGACCUACGGUAGGUCAUUCACGUUGGUGGACGAAGAGAAAUUCGAUAUUGGCGCACCAGCAACUGGUGGAGGAACUGCUGGUGAAUUCACUGGAGAAGAAGGCUUUUUAUCCUAUUACGAGGUCUGUGACUUCCUGCAUCAAGACAAUGUGACAUUGGUAUGGGACAAUGAGCAGCAAGUACCUUUUGCUUAUCGCAAGGAUCAAUGGGUCGGAUUCGACGAUGAACGCAGUCUGAAGACUAAGAUGGAGUGGCUGAAGGAAAUGGGUUUCGGAGGCGUGAUGAUUUGGAGCGUGGACAUGGAUGACUUCAGGGGAAGUUGCGGGAUGGGCAAAUUCCCGCUCAUCAACGCCAUCAAAUCUGCAAAUGAGGUUGUGUGCGAGGAAUCGGAUGGUCACAUUUCGUACCACCGGGACUAUUCCGACUGCACAAGGUACUACAUGUGCGAGGGCGAGAGGAAGCACCACAUGCCCUGUCCAUCCAACCUGGUGUUCAAUCCGGACCAGAGCGUGUGCGACUGGCCGGAAAACGUGGCACACUGCGCCCAUCUGGCGCCCAAAAAGGACGAGCGGCGAUGAGUGUGCCACUACCCACCAACGCCACACCAUCAGCACUCGACCAACAUAUAAUCAUUAUCAUCACGCACCCGCAUCAGGGAGAUUUUUAAUUCGAGGGACAACGAACGACAACAACAAGAAAAACAGACGCAAAGAGAAAUUCUUUCUUUGAAUUGGCGAAUGAAUCCCUCAGCAGACUUCGCAUGGGCU